UCUGUCUGACGGUGGAUAGAAACGAUUGAAACCCAAUUAGAAACAGAGGAGACAUUUUGGGAAAACUGUCAGCGUCCGUGUGUUUCGGCGCCCCGAGGCAACAGAUAUAUGUCAAAAUAAACCUCAGUGGAGGCUCUGAGACUGGAAUAUUCAGGAUGUUCCAGCAGUGCGAGGAGCCUCGUUUCACCAUCGAGCAGAUCGACCUCCUCCAGAGGCUAAGGAGGACGGGGAUCACCCAGGCGGAGGUCCUCCACGCCCUGGACACCCUGGACCACCUGGACCGCCAACAUGGACACAAGCUGACCCACAAACCUUCCUACCUGCCUCCGACGUCUUCCUUGUCUUCUUCCAGCACCGCCGCCGCCUCUUCCUCCAUGAUGUCCAUCGCCACUCAGACGACUUUCCCCAACAACCGACUCACGCUGUCGCCCAGCAACGCCUUCGACACCACCUCCCCGCUGCUCCCGGUCACGGUGGCCUCGCCCGUCGCCAUGGCAGCGGUCGCUCAGAACGGCCUGGUCGCUGUCGCCAAUGGGAAGCUGUCACCGCCGCGGUUUCCUCUCGGCGUGGUUAGCGGUGGCGUGGCGGCACCAGGAUACGGGUUUGAGACCAGUGAAGAGGACAUGGAUGUUGAUGACAAGGUGGAGGACUUGAUGAGAAGAGACAGCGCUGUGAUCAAAGAGGAGAUUAAGUCCUUCCUGGCCAACAGGCGGAUCUCCCAGGCUGUGGUGGCUCAGGUAACAGGGAUCAGUCAGAGUCGGAUCUCCCACUGGCUCCUACAACAGGGGUCGGACCUCAGCGAGCAGAAGAAACGAGCCUUCUUCCGUUGGUACCAGCUGGAGAAGACCAAUCCUGGUGCCACUCUGGCCAUGCGAGCCGCCCCAUUGGCUCUGGAAGACGUGAUGGACUGGCACCAAGCCCCGCCCCAAUUUGGCCCCGCCCCCGGAGGUUUCCGCCUACGACGAGGUAGCAGAUUCACCUGGAGGAAGGAGUGUCUGGCUGUUAUGGAGAGCUACUUCAGUGAUAACCAAUACCCCGAUGAAGCAAAGAGAGAGGAGAUUGCCACCGCCUGCAACGCCGUCAUUCAGAAACCAGGAAAGAAGCUGUCUGAUUUGGAGAGGGUCACAUCUCUGAAGGUCUACAACUGGUUUGCCAACCGCCGCAAAGAUAUAAAGAGGCGCGCUAACAUCGAAGCAGCCAUCUUGGAGAGCCACGGUAUCGAGGUUCAGAGUCCAGGCGGUCAGUCCAACAGUGACGAAGUGGAUGGGAACGACUUCCCUGACCAGGGUUGUGAGGUGUCCUUAUUUGACAAAAGAGCUUCAGCCAGGCAGUUUGGUUUCAGUCGAGCUGAUCUGUCUUCUCCAACCCAGGUCCCCACGCUGCUCCCCAGCUGGUUCUCCGCCCUGGGCAGAGGAGGCUUGUCUGGACAGCGGGGCGCUUCUCUGAUCGGCCGCUCCCUGGUGUCGGUGGCAGGUCCUCAGGCUGAAGGUUCCAGAUUGACAGGCGUGUCAUGGUCUCCCCCGUCCCCAUCUCUCCAAGACGAACCCACCAUUCACAGCGCGCUGUCCGAGUCCCAGGAUCCAAUCAGUUUGGAGAAGGCGGCCGAAGGUCACACCAACCCAGCCAAUCAGGUGGACGAGGCAGGGUGCAGUUUGGGGAGCGACAUCAAGACGGAAACGCUGGAAGAUGACUGAAGAGGGCGGUGGAUAUCGGAGUUGUCAGAUUGAUGAAUGAACAGGAUCAGAGGUGUGUUAAUAUGCAAGCAGAUUUUAUAGGAAUGUAACAAGUGGAAAAGAAAAAAAAAAAGACCAAAAGUCGUGUAAACUCCAACCCUGAGAUACCUCCCAACCCUACCUCCAACCACCAACCUGCUCUGCUACGCUCUUAUAGGCAUUACUAGUAUAUUAUAAUAAUGCUAUUAAUAAUAUUGAUGAUAGUUUCAUUUGUUUCCAGUGCUCCCCAGCAGACUGUCUUAACAGGACACGAUGCAUUGUGCAGAUUUCCUCAGAAACUGCAUUUACACAGCAGGACAACACUGUAUUUGACACGGGGUUCAAAUAGUUUCAGGGUCUUGCACUGUGAUCACAACACAACUGAACAGCCUCAAAGAUAAUACAUGAAUUUAGAAAGUGAUUGUUUAAAAAACAAAAAGAAUAUGUAGCGCAUUUCAUCACAGCCAAUUAUAUUUCAAAUUUUAUUUUUUGCUGUUGAUUCGCUCCAGCGAGAAGAACAGCAGAAUAAGCUUAGGUUUUUUUUCCUCCUCUUUUUUUAACAAAAAAUUGAGGCCACAGCACGUCUGUAAUAUACCUGUGACCUUAUCAUGAUUUAAAAAAAAUGUACAAUAGAGAAAAAACAGACUGAUCCACGUCUCCCUCCCUUCCCUGAUAAAAUAAGCUCAAUAUAUGGAGGCAAAGAAAGGCCAUAAUAAUUGAAAAUCAGCUGAAUACCGAAUUAUGAAAUCUAAUCAUCACUGAAUAUUUAAUGUUACCACUGACUUUUACUUUAUCUAUCUGAAUUUGUAUUAUUGAAGUCGUCUUUUUAAAAAUUUUAAGAAAAUAAUAUUAACUAAACUAACUAUCACUUGAUGUGACUGAGGCUCAGUAUUAUAUUGUAGAUAAAUCAAUCAAUUAAAUUAUGUUAAAUAUAACAAUAACAGAUUUGUCCAAAGUUGAAUUCAAUCAUAAAAUCAUGUUUUGAAUCUUCCAUAUUAAAUGUUGGUGUCUGAAUCCUACAGACAGAAUUGUUCUAAUUUUUGCAAGUUUGAUGAAUGUAAGCUGACGUGUCAGAUGGUUUGUUACACUGAACCAUCUGAUAAGUCCUUAAACUGCUUGGAAAAGGGCGGACAUGUUUAAAAAAAAAAAAAAAAACGUGGCAGGUGAUUGGAUGAACCGUCUGCUGCCAAAACAAACAAAUAGUGAAUUCUGAGGAGAGCUUCAGGCUAAUACACAUCUGUUUGUUUGUGCUGUUAUGCACCUUUAAAGUUAUGAUGUACAGUGAUUUGUGAGUGCUGACAUCUCAAUAUUUACUUAGAUUUUUUUGGAUUGACACCCAAUACACCCAAAAAACUGUGAGUUGAACACGCCGCUUCAUUUGAUCAGUAAGGUUUUGCUGUGGUCACACCUAAAACAAGCCCAUAGCUGUGCUCAUUGGUCCGAACCACAAGCACAUAACCUUUUAUGGGAGGAGUUUAAACCUCUUAAACACAUGUUUUUCAAAGUGAUAUAUUUCUGUGCUAUAUUUCAGUUUAACAAUAUGUAUUCAGAAGAGAUUAAAAUCAUUGAGGGCUGGCCCUCAUUUACAAUGAUGACUAAAAUAUCCAAAUACUUAAAGCCUUUCAUUGCCUCCAUAUAAAAAACAAUGAGAAGUUACUGAAAACAUUAACUAUCAAAGGUAGCCAAAACUGUGGGCUGAUUUGUAUAGAAAUGACAAACUUGGACGUCCAGGUCGCAGGUUGUUCUUUAUUCAACAGUACCCAGUUACCUGAUGGGUGAUCAGCCAGACCAGCUGAUCACUGUCACUGAUUGAUCUGCUGAAAAUCUGUGUGGUGAUCUAUAAUCAGCACAGAUCAAUCAGCUGGGAGGAAUUAAAUGGUGUAAUCAAGAUACUACAGAUAAGAGUAAAGUGAAUACAUACAUAUACUACAGGUGUAUGUAUGCAUACACACAUAUACAUAUAGUAUAUUAUAUAGUCUGUGAGGGUAUAUAUAUGUACCCUAAUUAAUUUCUAUAUACAGUAUAUAGACUGUAGACCAUAUUAGCUUCAAAUGAGAGUCAAAGAGACAAAUAUCAGUACGAGUCUUCAUUUGGUGGUGAAAGGUGAGUGAAGCAUUAGCCAAAGUAUUAAGUUUAAGUUUUGUGUAUUUUCUGAGUGUGCGAUAGUCACGAAUGGAACUAUGUAUUAAAGAUAUGCUAAUCAAAGACACAUCAGAUGUGUCAAAUUGUUGCAAGCAAAAUGCAUCUUUUUCCUUUUUUAGGUAUAUCUGUUUGUGCUCGAUAUGCCAUGUGUUCUAAACACAUCGCCUACUGUCAUGUUUCAAUAGUAUUUUCAUUUUAAAUGACACUUUAUUGGAUCAAUAUCAUGGUGCUUUGAGUCCCUGCUGUUUCAGCGUUUCAUUGAUAAGUAAAAGUGACUGGCUUAGGCAGUAAGAAGAAGAAAACAUAUUUGGGGAACUGAUGUUUUCCUCAGUAAGCUGAUAGUUCACAUUUAGUGAGCGGGUUGGAUCCUCUAUAACAUAACGACGAGUGAUCAUUAAGUUGAUCAAACUAGUCAAAUCAGAAAUAUUUGUCUCAGUACAGCCAUCGUAGAAGUCCUGCAUUUCUGUUCAUCUGAUGCUGCUUUUCUGUUUGCUUCAUCGUCACAAGGUUUGACCCUUUUUAGCAUCUCUGACACAGGAUACUUAUCCAUCAUCUGAUAGACGUGAGAAUAAUAUGUCUCAAAAUAUCCAAAGUUAGUUUGAAUGUGGAAGAACGUUAUAAAGUCCACAGAUAUCUUAACAAAGUACAAAUUAACUACUCUAUCACUUAUUUUUGUAGGAGUGUGCGACGAUUACAUUUUAAUUGUUGUUAUAAUGAUGAGUGAGUCGACGUUAUCGAGUGUCCCUUACUUUGCAAAAACAAUCAAAAACAGCCUCGAGUGUAUUCACUGCUGCUCGCCUGAAACAGCUGAUCUACAAGCCCACAACGUGAUGCAGUGUGCUUUAUUGGGAUAGGUAUGGUUAUCAGGAUAUGAAUGACCUAUAUCUGGAUAUGAGAUUCUGGUCAUAUCAGUGUUUGGGUAAAAUUAGAGACGUGUGUAUUAUGUGACUAUUCUUUUGGCCACUUGGGGGCAGCGAGCUCGUUAACGCAAUAUUGACAAGCUGACUAACUUUGUCUGCUGGUUGAGUUUGGUUACAUGACCAGCUGUUUAGCUCAAAACAACACGAGCUAGAAGAGGCAAAAAGCUGAGAGGACGUGCAGAGUGGUGACAAUUGUCUGAGUGGUCUACAUGACACUCCUUUUAUUUUCUGGGAUCCGUACAGUUGAUACAUUUACACACUCAGAAUUUGGACACUGUAAUAUAAUGUUGGACAGUAAAUGCAAUGUAGUUUAAAUAGGAAGUGAUUACAGUCAGCUGUAGAGUUGUGAUCAAUUUUUGAUAUAAAAAGUGGAGGGGUGCAGCUUUAACAAUACUAACUUAAUAUUCAUGUUCAAUAUCUGAUCAUUGCUACUCAAGACAUAUGAGACACUGAUGGUAGUUUCCACCUCAUGUGUCAGCUGUGUGAUUUUACUGUAUAGAGGGAACAUUUUAACAGUGACACCAAACACGUUUUUCACUGGUUACAGAGUAAAUGUUAAGUUCAAGCUACAAUAUCCAGGACCACUUUAGUAAUGUUUCAUUUUGUUCAGGUUUUGUUAUGGUUUUAAGUUGAAGUGCCUUAGUAUGUAUUGUUUCAGUGAACUAACAACAGGAUCGGUGACUUCUACAAUGGCUGUACAUCACUGUAUCAGUACUAAUGCAAGAUUAACACAUGAUUUUCUGCAGCAGCCGACACUAACGCGGCUUCAUUCAGAGCGGAUCAUCAUGGUUCAUCACCAGGUGCUUUACAGGUUAAGCUACUAGUUCAGAGUUCCAAACUCAACACAAAUACCUCACGUUAACCCCCCUCAGCUAUAAGCUACACCCGCAGGUUCCUACACAGCUGCUUCAAUGUGAAUCACAGUUCAAACUGUGGACAGUAAAAAUAACUGUGGAGCUGAUUUGUUCAGAGGAGACUGACAGUAAACUGUGAUGAGACUGUAAAAAGUGGUUUCAGACAUGUCAGUGUCCGGUUUAAAAAGGGAAAUUCCUUCUCAUACUUCACCCAAUAAACAUCAAGUCAGAAAGUAAAGGGAAAUUCCACUUCAAAAUAGAAUUAUUAUAAUAAGCUCCUGCUUCCACCAGUCCAUGAAAUCCUUUUAUGAAAUAUCUCUCCUCGUUGCGGUGGAAUAGUAAUAAAACUCGUCAAUGUUGGCUUCAGACUACAUAUCUGAGAAUUAAAGUUUUGUGGUGGAAUGUCUCUUUAAUUGUACGGCAGCUGAGCUGUCCUGGGUGUCUUUGCUUUAAGCAUUUAUAAAACUCUGAGGCGUCACUAGUCAGUGAAGUUUUCUGUCAUCUGUUUAAAUUCUUUAUAACAAAAUAUCCAAAUAUUGUCUCCCAUUAAGGGAAGAAAAUGAUUUUUUGCUUUUGUUCUUUUGAAUCUGCUACGCAGAAGCCUUUCUGAAGUGAAUCAAUAGAUUCCUUUAAGACAACGUGCUGUUUAGAGAUUAUGUUCAGUUGCUGCCUUCAUGGUCCUCAUGAAGUUGGACUUCUGACUUCUGAAGCAGUGAAUGGAUGUGAAGUGGGAAAAGUAUUUUUUUAGUGUCAUUUUUAAUCAUUUUUCAAAGAAUGAAAAGCACUGUCAGUCUUUAAUUCUAAAUUGGCUCCAAAUGUAGUUUUAUCAACUGAAAUGUGUAAUAACUCAAAGUUAUCAUGAAUAAGAAACUCAAUUAUACAACUUUUUCCACUGUUGUUCUAUUUUCUUGUUAUCAGACGAAGCCUUUGUUCUUCCAGUUGUGUUCAGCACUGUCAGGCUGCUCAUGUGCACUUUGCUCCUGACAGUACUGACCUGAAGGCAGCGCGUCGUGUCUUUUUUAAUUGGUUAAAAUGCAGUUUUACUGUCGGCCUUCUGUCCUCUGUUGCCUUGUUGUACUGUUUUUUAUUUGAAAGGAUGAGCUUCCUCUGCUGGUUCUCCACAGAAAGAAAGCAGCCGAUGUUUCAGUUCAGACCCGGUGGAUGCACCUCCACACAUCCACUGUGUCUUAAUCAUGCUUAUCUUUCUCCUGCCAAAUCCAACUGCCACUACUGUCUCCUCUGCUGGCAGUACGUCUGUCCCUCAACACGGACAUUAAAUAUUAACACGGUUAGGAUUGGAGGUGCAUCCACUGGCACUGUGAUGGUUCAUGUGACAGAAUUAGCUGCUUAGGUGCUCGGUCUGAUCUGAGAUCUGCUGUCUGAACAAAGAGAACGUCAGGAGAUCCGGUGUCAUCGUGGUUUCAGUCAGUUCAGGCCUCAGAUGUGAAUGUUGCUGCUGUCUGUCUCCUACCUUUUAUCAUUAUUAUGAACACAUGAAAUGCAGUAUGACAUUUGAAGAGUUAUAUUCCCAAUAAUGUUUUUAUUUAGUUGAAAAAAAUAUAUCAUUCAUACAUUCAACAUAAAAUGUAGAUGUUCCAGUCUUGAUGUUCUUUAGUCGACCAAUGACUGGAAGUAAAAAUUAAAAAAAAGAACAUUUGGUACAAAAUGUUCUUUAAACGUUUUUUGGUGGUUAGCAUUUCAUUUUGGCAAUAAACUCUUCAAUAAUUCUCUAUGAAAUGAAAAAUAAACCUCAGCAGGAUAUUUGUUGUAUCAGUUUGAAUUGAUUUUUAAUCCCUUCCUGUUCUUCUAUUUCAAGAUUUAGUGCCUUUUUUGGACGGUAGACUGUUCUGUAAUCGCUAUGUAGAAAAACUACAUAUGCCUUUUGUUACUUUUUCAUCUGUUGGAUAAACCUUAUUUGUUAUUUUUAAGGUGUGUUUUUAUUGAUAUUCUAUUUACAAGGGAAUAAAAGCUGAUCAG